AUGUACAGCAUCAAGAUGUUGCUUCAUGGGCUGGUUGUCGUGCUCGUGGGCGCAGCGCUUGCUAGCGCCCUGACUGAUGCCCAGCUCAAUGCAUCGGCUGCCCAACGCCCCCUCGUCUAUACUCAAGGCGAUGACCUGCACUGGGUCGCCUCAGCCAUGCAGUGGCAAACUGCCGGCACACUCUUGCAACUGACCACGGAAUCUGUAGCUGGGGAAGCCACGACAUUUGAUUUGAGGGGCAGACUUGCUGCUGAAGCUCGCGAUUCUGUCCAGAUCGGCAGCACUGCCACGGGCAUUCACCUUUCUGGAGGCUCUGCUCAUCUAGAAGCGGAGACCGCCAUCUCGCUGAGCAGCAGCCACCCCGAUGGCAUCUCUUUGGCAGGCAACACCAGCAUCAUUUUAAACACUCCCAAGGACCUAUCUCUACGAACCGAUGGCAACCUGACGCUGACUGUCUCAGAUCUGGCCAAUGUCGAGGCCGCUCGCAUAGCUCUCACUGCCCAAAGCUUUUCCCUGGGGUCGACCGCCACAGGCACGGGUGGCAGUUUUAUUGGUGAUGUUCGUGGCAACGUGGUGGCAGCUGGCAACCUCGUGGCCAUCGGCAGUCCCGCAACUGCCAACACGACCCUGACGGGCAACGUCGUGGAAAUGGUUGGUGAUAACGCCAACAAGCGGAUUCGAGUGUCCAGUCAAGCGGUCACAUUGCAAUCCAACUCUGGCAUCACCCUCCGUGCCGGUGAAGCCGUCAUGAACGUUGAUAUUGCUGCUGACAUGGUGGCAAAUCUAUUAGUGCACAUUGCUAGCCUCAAAGCUGAAUUUGAGAGCGUAAGCAGCAGCUUUGAAACGUUAACUGGCAAGCAAUCUCAGGAAACAAGCCUGCUGAACACGGAUAUCGUCCAGAUCUCUCAGCAAGCUUCACAGGAGGCUUCACAAGUCGACGUCCAGUUGCAGCUCGUCGCCAGCCAGAUCGAAUCUCUUGAGGCUAAAGCCACGACCGAGGUGGAUGCUCUGGUCCUCACCCUGGGUGCAGACGUCAGUGCUGCCGAUGCAGCCCUCCAAGUUUUGGAAGCAGAGCGCACAGCUCUGAGUCUCGAGGUCAACACCGAGGCCGAAGCGCUGGCAACCAAGCUCAGCCAGCUGGAGACGAACAGUGAUGCUCCACUUGAGCAGCUCGUCGAGGCAGCAUCAAGCCUCUCCACUAGCGCUGAGGCCUUGGCCGCUUCCUUGGAAUCCAGCCUCAGUGCCAUCUUGGUGGGCCAAAACCCAAGCAUCAGCCGUUUGGAGUCACAGCUUGCGGCUCAAGGCGGCUUUGAUGGUGUAAUGGAAGCUCAACUGGACUCGAUCGAGGCACUUUUGGAUCAGCAAUUGGAGCUGGCAGAAGAUUCUCUGGCUGACCUGCGUUUGUCCAACAUUGAUACUCAUCCGUCUGCCAUUCUGGGUCAAGCGCAGAGCCUCCUGCGCUCCGUCUCUCAGCAAGAGUCGCGCGUGGCCGAAAUGGACAUUUUCUCGGGCGCUCAGCUCAAGACGCUUUCGACACACAUUAGCACCCAAGAGGAUAGCAUCAAUGACUUCAAAGAGACUUUCCCCAAGCUUAUCCCUGUGACCCAACGCCUGGGAUGGGCCGCCAGCCACACGCCCGUUGCCAGCGGAUACUUUGCUGCGCAGUGCGCAACUCACGGCAGCUUUAUGGCAUGUGGGACCUACGCUCAAACGGGCACUUAUCGCGGCCAAGUCUCGAUGUUUCACAUCAAUGAGAAAACCGCCAAGGUGACGUGGAUACAAGAUCUGCGCUUGGCAAGUGGGGGCAGUGUCCACACCACUCCACACACAAACGCAUACUUUGGCACGGCCGUGGACAUGAAUGAUAAAUACAUCGCCGUGGGCGCUCCCGGUGAUUACGGCGUGUCAUUGAGGGAGGCUUAUGUGGGCCGCGUUUACAUUUUUGCUUACUCGAAGAAAACUGGCGAGAUUCAGACGACGCCCGUCAGCGUGGUGGGUGGAGUUUCCCCCAUUGCCAACGCGCGUUGUGGUCACGGUGUCAAAUUCCUGGCCAACCAUCUUCUGACCAUACUUUGCUCCAACGACAGAAUCACUUCAUAUGGCGGCACCAUCAACGUCUACUCGUACGCCCUCACUGGCCAAUCACUGACUUUUACUGCAAUUGGGCGCUCUGAACCCGGGACCAUCGAUGAAGUGUUGAGGAACGGCGGCUUACGCUUGAUGAUGCCUAUGCUCAUGCUCCACACCGACAACUUGCUGUGUUUGCCCUUGAGCAGUCAUCUGAAUAUCUCGGAACUGCGGGCGGGUCGCUCAUUAUCAACCGCGGGUUCAGUGCGGCCAAAAACUUUAUCGCGGCGGGAACAUCUCGCGCUCUCUCCAAACGCCCGUGUCCUCGUCAUCAGCGCACCGCAAGCGUAUGCGGAGUCGGUGACCUAUUCAGGCAUCGUCUACGUGUAUCACAUCAACCCGGAGACGGCAACAAUGAGCACGACCACAUAUACCGAGAUAACGUCGCCCACCGUGACCAGCUCGGGCUUGUUUGGGAGCAAUGUGGCUAUGAGCGAGACCUGGCUGGUCGUUUCAGCCCAUGGCGAGAAUGGCAACAUUGGACGCGUGUACUUUUACCGUUCUAGCUAUGAGGGUGGCACAUUCUUCCUCUCCUCUACCUGGAACCCACCUGCAGCAAGCACGGUUGCGCCCAUUUAUCCCACGCCGUUUUAUGUCGGUCAUGGCGCGCUGAUUCGAACGAACACCACCACCGUUAUUGGUGCUGCCUAUACGUCACCUCAAUCACGCAUGACGCCCUCAUUAGUGACAUAUGCCGGAAGCGUUUACGUUCUCAAAGACAAGAAUUUCUACCCGGUGGUUUCAUUGAAUGACGACGAUGACUUGGCCGCGUGA